CCAUUUUCCACUAAGUGGUGUCAGUAUGCGUUCGCGCACCAUGUCUCCCGAGAAUAUAAUAGAACCCCCAAAGGGAGGCUUUCAGGAUCUGAUUAGAACAGUAGCUUCUGCUUUAUCAAUUCCACCAGCUUCAUAUCCAGCACUGCUACCUCAAGCUUCUUCUCAAUAUGGCAUCCAAGAAAAUCAUUGUCGUUGUUGGCGCUACCGGAAAGCAGGGCUCAUCUGUCGCCCACACAUUCCUCAAACUGCCUGAAUGGCAUGUUCGCUGCUUGACUCGAAAUCCCUCUUCCUCCGCCUCCCAAGCUCUCAGUGCGCUCGGUGCUGAGGUCGUGCAAGGAGAUCUCUCGGAUGUCUCUUCUUUGUCCCAAGCAUUCUCCAAUGCGAACACUAUCUUCUUGAACACUGACUUCUGGGAGAAUUUUGUCGCAGCUGGAAAGGCUCCGCAACAGGGCAUCUCCAGCGACAAAGCCGCCUUUCAGAAAGAAAUACUGUACGGGAAGAACGCCGUGCAAGCCGCAUCUGCAGUGCCCUCGCUGGAUCGCAUCAUCUACUCUGCCAUCCCGGGUGUGACGAAGGGUUCUGGAGGAAAGUAUUCCGUUCAUCAUGCAGACUCGAAGGGGACAAUUGUCGAGUAUAUCCUAGACGAUUCGAACCUGGCGAAAAAAGCGUCGUUCAUUUAUCUUGGGGCUUACACUACCAACGCUCUACUUGCCCCGAGAUUCAUCGGGGAGAAUUAUGCCUUCGUCCUACCUUUCAGCAAAAGCGAUACGUUUCCAAUCAUCGAUCCUGAGCAUUCGACUGGGCCCUUCGUGUGUGCAUUGCUUGAUGAGGAUGUCGGCACAAACUUGCUAGCUUAUGAUAGCUACUUGAGUUUUGGAGAAGUCCAAGAUCUCUGGUCCAAGGCCAGUGGAGAAGACGCAGGGUAUAUGCAAGCUACAGUGGAGAUGUUCCGCGCCCAAGGUGUUUCGGAAGAGAUGUUGAACGCUCUCGAAGCCAUGAAAGAAUUCGGAUAUAUGGGUGAACUCAACUUCAUUGAACCGUCGCAGCUGAAAAGUAAAGUGCAGACGAAGUCGUUUGAGCAGUGGCUCAAAGGGAGAGACUGGGAGGAGGUGGCCAUGCCAACACUGAAUACCGGUAGAACAAUUCGAUAAGUGAAGAGAGUUUCGUAUUUUCAUGGAGGUCUUUCUGAGCUUCUCUUCGUUGAAUGUUGGCUAAGAAUGGUUUACUAUGAGAGGCAGUGUUAGAAUCUGUUGGUAGGAAGAAACCUUUUCCAGAAUUUGUUCGUGGAUAUCAUCGCGACGUGAGUGCAU